GUAAUGACCGGUCACUGAGGGGUUAAUGGCGCAGACAUGGCGCCCGCAGAGCCUGUGCCUCCAGUUGCUAUAUUCCCCCUAUCAAUUCUAAGGUGAUCGCACAUAGGCCGCACCAAGCGUCCCUCACCACCACCACCCCAGCAUCGCACAAUCCCCGCCUCCAUCUUAUUGUCUCCGGAGGAGGAGGAAGAAGGGAGGCGGGCGCUGACAAGAUGGCGGCUCCCAGGGAGGCGUGAAAAGAGGCUCCGGUGCCCUGUAACGUGUUUGCACACCGAUAAUCACGGUUGCCGACGUUUUUUAAGCUCCUUUCGUUCGGGCAGUUCAUUGCUCCCGUCAGUUUGGCUCCGUUUCUCCUCACAUCUCCCGAGUUGCACUAGAUAAGCGGUGGCGGCGGGGGUGGAGCCUUCACUUUCAGCCUCCAUUUACACACCGCCGUAUUGUCAGGGCUGAUUUCCUUCCCCCCCAGUCUCCGUGUCCUGACGUUACUUUCAUUUUUAAAACCGGAGGAAGAAAGAAGACAGCGGCGGCUGCGGGUUUUUUCCCCCCAGUGUGUGUGUUGUCGCCCCGCUCGCGGCCAUCUUUGGUUUUCCCCUACCAGCUCUUUAUUGGUUUGUUUGGACGGCACAAGAUGGCGGCUCCCAUGGACUCCCUCAGCUUCGCCGCUCCCGGGCGACUUUAAAGAAAACAGCGAGGCCAGGGAAGGGGGGCGACCGGCGGAGGACGCGCUGCCAGUCCACGGCCUACGGACGAGAGCAGAAUUCGGACAAGCUGGUGGAAGAGGCGGCGAGAGGCGCGGGAAUCAGUUUGUUUUCUCUCCGGCCGCCGUCAUAAAAUGGCGGCUCCCAUGGACUCCACAGCGCCAUAGUGAGAACCGGCUCGGAGAAGGCCUCAACCCCGGCUUUUCUUAUUUUACCUGUCAAGCUUUUUAUACCCGGCCGCCAGGGCCUGACAGGAGUGGCGAGCCGCCUCCUUCCGUCAUAUUUUAUCUCCCGUUUUUUGCUUUCUAUACUCGUUUAACCGGCGACCGUGACAGGAAAGCAGCCCCCGCUGUGUCAGUGUGAGCCGCCACCGCCAUGGCUUCCACACCGGCGGUGACCGGUUCAUCCUCCGCCCUGCAGCCCCGUUGGAAACGAGUGGUCGGUUGGUCGGGCCCAGUCCCUAGGCCCCGGCACGGACACAGGGCCGUGGCCAUCAAGGAGUUAAUCGUGGUUUUCGGCGGAGGAAACGAAGGGAUCGUGGACGAGUUACACGUCUAUAAUACGGCAACCAACCAGUGGUUCAUUCCUGCAGUGAGAGGCGAUAUUCCUCCGGGUUGUGCCGCCUAUGGAUUUGUCUGUGAUGGCACUCGUCUUCUUGUCUUCGGAGGAAUGGUGGAGUAUGGAAAAUACAGCAAUGACUUGUAUGAGCUGCAGGCAAGCAGAUGGGAAUGGAAGAGAUUAAAAGCAAAAACACCAAAAAAUGGCCCCCCUCCAUGUCCUCGCCUUGGACACAGCUUUUCAUUGGUGGGGAGUAAAUGUUAUCUGUUUGGUGGAUUGGCAAAUGAUAGUGAAGACCCAAAGAACAACAUUCCCAGGUACCUGAAUGAUCUCUAUAUAUUGGAGCUCCGUCCUGGCUCUGGGGUUGUAGCUUGGGACAUUCCCAUCACAUAUGGCAUUCUCCCACCUCCUCGAGAAUCACAUACUGCAGUUGUAUAUACAGAAAAAGACAGCAAAAAAUCCCGCCUGGUGAUCUAUGGUGGUAUGAGUGGAUGCCGGCUUGGCGAUCUCUGGAUAUUGGACAUAGACACGCUGACGUGGAAUAAACCCAAUCUAAAUGGCGUUGCUCCUCUUCCUCGAAGUCUUCAUUCUGCCACAACUAUAAGCAACAAGAUGUAUGUUUUUGGGGGCUGGGUGCCUUUAGUAAUGGAUGAUGUCAAAGUAGCCACUCAUGAGAAGGAAUGGAAAUGUACGAACACCCUCGCCUGUCUCAACCUUGACUCCAUGGCAUGGGAACACAUUGUCAUGGACACCUUGGAGGACAACAUUCCACGGGCUCGCGCCGGCCAUUGUGCCGUGGCAAUUAAUACGCGUUUGUAUAUAUGGAGUGGUCGGGAUGGAUACCGAAAGGCCUGGAAUAACCAAGUGUGUUGUAAAGACCUCUGGUACCUUGAAACAGAAAAACCCCCAGCACCUGCUCGUGUUCAGUUAGUUAGAGCAAAUACUAACUCUCUAGAGGUAAGCUGGGGCGCUGUAUCAACAGCAGACAGUUAUUUGCUGCAACUUCAGAAGUACGACAUACCAGCUGCUGCAGCAGCAAUGUCGCCGGCCAAUCCAGUUCCGUCUGUGCCAGUGAAUCCGCCCAAGAGUCCAGCUCCUGCUGCCGCUGCGCCAACAGUGCAACCUGUAGCACACACUGGCAUUACCCUGGUACCUCAGCCUGCCUCUAUGCCUCCUACGACAGCCACCAUACAGGUCUUGCCUGCAAUUCCUGGGAACCCAAUUGCCGUUUCUGCUGCUCCCCGUCCUCAAGCUGUUCUGAAGGUUGGCGGACCUCAGUCCACAGUGGGCACCCCGCUCGUUACUGUUCGGCCAGCUACUCAAGUUGGGAAAGCGCCUCUGACAGUCACAUCUCUUCCUCCUGGUGUGCGAAUGGUGGUACCUGCCCAGAGUGCACAAGGGACUACUAUUGGUGGCAGUCAGCCCAUGAGUGGCAUGGCAGCUCUUGCUGCAGCAGCUGCUGCUACACAGAAGAUCCCUCCCUCCUCUGCGCCAACAAUGUUGAGUAUGCCUGCUGGAACUGCCAUGGUAAAAUCUGUCGCCAUGUCAUCUGCUACCACAACACUCCCAACAUCUGUGAAAAUGGCAUCAUCUCCAAUUAUGGUCAGUAAUCCAGCCACACGAAUGCUGAAAACUGCCGCAGCUCAAGUGGGCACUUCGGUUUCUUCUGCAGCCAAUACACAGACUCGUCCAAUCAUUACAGUGCAUAAGUCAGGAACUGUCACAGUUGCACAGCAAGCCCAAGUUGUAACUACAGUAGUCGGUGGUGUCACAAAGACUAUCACUCUUGUUAAAAGUCCAAUUUCUGUGCCUGGUGGCAGCACCCUGAUUUCAAAUCUUGGUAAAAUGAUGUCUGUAGUUCAGACCAAACCAGUCCAAACCUCUGCUAUAACAGGACAGGCGUCUUCUGGGCCCUUAACCCAGAUUAUUCAGACAAAGGGACCUCUCCCUGCAGGAACCAUUCUGAAGUUGGUGACAUCAGCAGAUGGCAAACCAACAACAAUUAUCACGACCACACAGGCUGGAGGAACAGGCACCAAACCCACCAUCCUAGGCAUCAGCAGCGUAUCACCCAACACAUCAAAGCCUGGUACCACAACUAUCAUUAAGACUAUCCCUAUGUCUGCUAUUAUCACGCAAGCAGGAGCAACAGGUGUUACAAACACUGCUGGGAUGAAGUCACCAAUCACCAUCCUGACAACUAAGAUGGUAACAUCAGGCACUGGAACUCCUGCUAAAAUAAUUACCGCUGUUCCCAAGCUUACAAGUCAUGGUCAGCAGGGAUUAACCCAGGUUGUUUUAAAGGGGGCACAUGGCCAGCCUGGCACUAUCCUCCGAACCGUUCCAAUGGGUGGCGUCAGACUAGUCACACCUGUAACUGUAUCGGCUGUCAAACCUACCGUAACAACCCUAGUUGUUAAGGGUACCACAGGGAUGACCAGUUUAGGCACUGUCACAGGGACAGUUUCUUCAAGCCUGGCAGGAGCUGGGGUGCAUAACACUGCUUCCCUUGCAACUCCAAUAAAUACUUUGGGAACCAUUGCAACCCUUUCUAGUCAAGUGAUUAAUCCUGGAGCCAUUACAAUGUCUGCAGCACAAACUUCUCUGACUGCGGCCUCUGGUCUGAGCACACCAACCAUCACUAUGCAGCCAAUAUCACAACCAACCCAAGUAACGUUAAUCACCACUCCUAGUGGGGUUGAAGCACAACCCGUGCAUGACCUUCCUGUCUCCAUCUUGGCUUCACCAACCAGUGAUCAACCCACUGCAACUGUAACUAUAGCAGAUUCAGGUCAAGGAGACCAGCCGCCGGGCACUGUUACACUUGUGUGUUCCAAUCCUCCCUGUGAGACCCAUGAAACAGGAACUACAAAUACUGCAACCACCACCCUUGUCAACCUCAACAGCCUUGUUCAACAACCAGGUGGCACCUUGCAGUUUGUUUGUGAAGGCCAGGAACCAGGAACAUUUGUAGCAACAGCUCUAGGUCAGGCAAAUGGCAACAUUGUCAGGGUCUGUUCCAAUCCUCCUUGUGAAACUCACGAAACCGGAACCACACAAACGUCAUCCACAGCAAUGGCAAAUAUCACCAGUGGACAACCAGGGACUGUAGUAAGAAUAUGUUCUAAUCCCCCUUGUGAGACCCACGAUACUGGAACCACCCAGACAUCAACUACAGCAACGGCAAACAUUGGCAGCGGACAGCCAGAAACGGCAGGUAAUGUGUGUUCUAAUCCACCAUGUGAAAUUCAUGAUACCGGCACAACUCCAACUCCCACAACUGCAAGGUCAAAUAUUGGCACUGAACAGAACGAGCUCUUGCAGAGACAGGCGCAUACUCAACCAUGUGAGACUUUCCAGACUGUAUCUACCUGUACUGUCAUGACUGCGCAUGCCAAUGUUCAGUCGGAAAAGGUACCGCAAGUUUGCUCCAACCCACCUUGUGAAACCCAUGAGACGAAUGCAACCGACACUGAUACUACGGCUUCGUCUAACUUGGAAUCAGAGCAGCCAAGUGAUGUUGCUAGGGUGUGUAUAAAUCGACCAUCUGAAAAUCAUGAAACGGGCACUACUCACACGCCAACCACAGCAAGAUCAAAUAUAGGCACAGGACUUUCAGAGAACCAAAAUAGAACCCUAAACAACCCACCAUGUGAGACUCAUCAAACCAUUUCCACAAAAACGACCAUGUCGGUGCAGGCAAAGUACAGUUCUGGGUCAUCUAACCUUAUAGAGGUGGAAAAUGGUGGUGCGGCAUCUACCAAAGAUGGUGAAAAGUCAAAUCCUGCCAAAACCCAGUCACUCUCCUCGAAACAUCCUUGUGAGACUCUGAUGACUGGCACUACUCCAACGGCAACCACGGCCAAAUCCUGCAUGAACUCUGGAACACCUGAAAGUAACCAGCCGCGUUCUGACAGUGAUCCUUGUGAGACCCAUCAAGCAAAUUCCACAAGUACAACUAUGAGUUUGUCUGCCGACAAAGCAAGUGAUGAUGAUCAGAGUGCAAAACCAGUAUGUUCUAACCCACCUUGUGAGACUCAUGAAACUGGUACUACAAACACCCCAAGUACAGCAAGGUCUGGUAAUGGCACAGAACAAAACACUGGUGAGACUCAUCAGACCACUUCUACAGGGACUGUUAUGAUGGCGUCUGAAUCGCAGCCCAACACUUUAGAACAACGGGUAUGCUCCAACCCGCCAUGUGAGACCCACGAAACAAACACCACCAACACUGCAACUACAUCUUCGUCCAGCAUGGGAAGCAAUCCACCCCCUGCAGCUCCUACGCAACAGGUCUGCUCAAACCCACCUUGUGAAACGCAUGAGACAGGAACAACCCAUACUGCCACAACAGUCACCUCCAACAUGGGGACGAAUCAAGACCAGACCCCAGCUGCAAAUGGGCAAGGAGAGGAGGAGACUGUACCCACUGAGGAAUCUGCUUCAAGUAGCACCCCCAGUGACUCCGCUGCAACGUCCUCUGUGACUAUUGUAGCAGUGGAAGCCUCUUCUUCUCCAGUACAUUCAGCAGUUCCAGUUGUCUCCAGGGCAGUGACAACUGUAACACAGUCAACACCAAUACCUGGUCCUUCUGUACCAAAUAUUGGAUCUUUGACUGACCCACCCACGGAAGACAGCGUGCAGGGUUCAGAAUCGGUCCCUUGCGCUGAACAGAGUGAAGCUCCCAUCUCUGCUGACAUCCUCCAGCCUCCUGAAGAUGUUCAGGCAGAGCCAGAGGCACAGCCUAUGGACACUGCGGUGCCGGAGCAUACCGAAGCAGAGCUACAAGCUGCAAUGGAAGCAGAACAUGCUCAGGAGGCUGCUGCAGCCGCCGAGCAGCAGGCUGUAGAACAGUUGUCCCUCCCUCAGGAACUUAUGGCAGAGGGGCAGACAACCACGCUCAUGGUCACAGGGUUAACACCAGAAGAACUGGCAGUUACAGCUGCAGCUGAAGCUGCUGCCCAAGCUGCUGCCACAGAAGAGGCUCAAGCCCUGGCUAUUCAGGCCGUGCUGCAGGCUGCACAGCAAGCAGUGAUGGGUUUCCAAGCAGCAGCUGGAGAGCCAAUGGACACCUCUGACGUGGCUCAUGCGGAGCUGCGUCAUCUGACGUCUGAAGGACCCACCACCACGAUACCCAUAGUUCUAACGCAGCAAGAACUUGCAGCAUUGGUUCAUCAGCAGCAACAGCUACAAGAAGCCCAACAUCAGCAACAGUUACAGCAGCAGCUUCAACAGCAACAGUUGCAGCAGCAGCAACAGUUGCAGCAACAAUUGCAGCAGCAACAACAGUUGCAGCAACAGCAGCAGAUACAGCAACAGCAGUUACAGCAGCAGCAGCUACAGCAGCAGCAAUUACAGCAGCAGCAGCUACAGCAACAGCAGUUACAGCAGCAGCUACAGCAACAACAGUUACAGCAGCAGCAGCUACAGCAACAGCAGUUACAGCAACUUCAGAUCCAGCAAUUGCACCAUGUUCCUACGGAGGCCUUGGCACCAGCAGACAGCCUCAAUGACCCUGCCAGUGAAAGCAAUGGACUUAAUGAGCUUACUAGUGCAGUGACCAGUGCUGUGUCGCUUCUGCCAUCUACUGCUACAGACAGUUUGGCUCCUACGAACACAUUCACUGCACCUCAACCUGUGGUGAUCGCUAGUCCUGCCAAAAUGCAGGCGGCAGCAGCACUUACCGAAGUGGCAAACGGCAUUGAGUCAAAGCAAGACUCUCAACCACAGCAGCCGAAAGCUCCGUUAAAAAAAGAGAACCAGUGGUUUGACGUAGGCGUUAUCAAAGCUACUAAUAUGAUGGUCACACAUUACUACUUACCUGCUGAUGAUUCUACUAAUGAUGAUGACUCCGGUGCUCUCCCAGAUUACACUCAGUUAAAGAAGCAGGAACUUCAGCCAGGCACUGCCUACAAGUUCCGUGUUGCUGGCAUAAAUGCCUGUGGUCGCGGACCGUUCAGUGAAAUCUCGGCCUUUAAGACCUGCCUGCCUGGUUUCCCAGGUGCUCCUUGUGCCAUAAAGAUCAGCAAGAGCCCAGAUGGUGCUCACCUGACGUGGGAACCUCCUUCUGUCACUUCUGGGAAGAUCAUAGAGUACUCUGUCUAUCUUGCAAUUCAGAGCAGUCAGAGCAGUGGAGAACAGAAAACAACACCAGCUCAGUUGGCAUUCAUGCGAGUAUACUGUGGCCCUAAUCCCUCCUGCCUGGUGCAGUCCUCGAGCCUUUCAAAUGCUCAUAUAGACUAUACCACAAAACCUGCCAUCAUCUUCCGUAUUGCAGCACGCAAUGAGAAGGGGUAUGGACCUGCCACCCAAGUUAGGUGGUUGCAAGAAUCCAGCAAGGAUGGUGCAGCCGGAAAACCAGGAAAUAAGCGUCCAGUGUCUUCUCCAGACAUGAAAUCAACUCCAAAGAAAGCAAAGCCUGAUCACCCGUGAUCCUUUUUGAAGCACCGAACCCAACCUAAAAUUGAUGCUUAAACAUCUUGACUCCAUGCAGUUCCUCAGUGUACAUCCUUUUAACUGUUUCGCCUUCCUCCUUGUUGCUAAGAAUCAGUAGAAAGGAUUGAUACUCUGCUUCCUCCGCCUCCUCAUUUCCGUGUUAAUGAGAACAUUGGGAAAAGCACAUUUUUACUUUUUUUUUUUUUUUUUUUUUUUUCCCCCUCCAUUUAGUUUCCCCUUGCAAAGAUUGGAUUUUUUUUUCUUCUGUAUUUGUAUGGAGAGGAAUUGCAGGAGCCACGGGACUUAGAACUGUGCAAACCUUCAGAUUUUGCCAGCUUUGCACAAGCAGACAGGCCUAGUAAUGCAGCUUCUUACUGAAACGCUCAAGAAGAAUUAUUAUUCAGGUCUUUUUGCUUGUUUGGCUUUUGAUUUUUCUUUUGUGAAAUGUCAGAGGGGAUUUGGGGGAAAAUACACAACUUUGUCAACAGAAGCACUUGGACUUUUCACCUCAAUGUAGCUGAUAUAGUUUUUUUUU